UGUAUGUAAUAAAUGCAUGCAAGAGAGAACCUAUGAACUGCUUUGUGCUAAAUCACUUCCGAAUACUGAAGAAAAUGGUACAUAUCUUUUUCUAUAUGUAUAUUUUGAUAAAAUUGGCUCCCAACAAGCAUUAAAUCGUUGAUUUUUUUGCACAUUUGUUUGACACACUAAAUUCGCGUCAACGUGUGAGGGCGCUGCAAAGGUACAUCCAAGAUGUCUGCGCCCAGUCCGAAACCAACUCGUCCAAGAAGUGCAAGAAUAAGAAGAGCAACUAGUCCAGCUUCUGCACCAGUUGCUCCCAAAAGGAAGAAGAGUGUACGUUACCAGCCUUUGACAGAAACAAAGACUGAAACAGAGGCAGCGGAGCCUGCAGCAGCACCUGUAGAAACACCUGCAGCUGCUUCAGCUCUAGAGGUUCUACCACAGCAAGCAACAGCAACAACACCACAGACUGCAGACGCUGCUUUAGUGUCCCAGCGUCCAGCGCUGCCUUUCAAAGAUCCCAAUUUCACGCACUCUAGCAGAGGAGUGGCAGCCAGCAAGAAGUCGCGAGUGUGGAAGACACUCAAACAAAUAACUUCGGCCGAGAGGGCAUUGCCAUGGAAACCAGAUGAUGCUACAUAUAGCAGUAUUGAUGCUCCACCUUCCAUCAAACCGGCCAAGAAGUACUCAGAUCUUUCUGGAUUCCCAGCAAAGUACACAGAUCCUCAGACAAAGUUGCGCUAUGCAGACGCUGAAGAAUUUUCGAGAGCGCGAAUGCUGCCGGCAGAUAUCGUCACUGGGCUGUUGACUCUGAGGAAGGCUAACCCAGAAUUGCAGUGACCUGUUACUUACUUUGAACCAAUUUGAGCACUUCUCCUGUUAUUGGAUGGAUAUUUGGGGCUGUCAGACUAGAGUGGCCAACCAUAGCUCUACUGUAGCCGGCAUAUAGCCCCUGACUGUAAGAAGAAAGGAUCCUCCGCAGGUCUAUCCUACCUGUAUGUUGGAAGUGCUCAUGCAGCAGUCGACCGUAAAGCCAUCUUUUGGCAGAUGGUUUUUCGGGGAUAAUUGAAACUCCAGCGUGCACUUUUCAUGUUGUACAUGUUUAUGAAACUUCAAGAACGUGUCUCAGUAAAGCAUCCCUCGAUGGGGUAACUGCUUGUUGAGUGAAUCAACGAAACCAUGAGAUCCUGAUGGGCCUUAGAUAGACAUUAUGCCCGUCAAGAAUCACACAGUGGCGAGUGGGGCAUGUGGCUUAGUGGUUCGGGUUUGUGACUGUAGAUCAUGAGGGUCGAUGGUUCGAAUCCAGCAGCGGGUAACAUGCUGUGACCUCGGGCAAGUCACUUUACUCCUCCACCCGGGAGUAUCAAAAGAUAGCCCUGAAAAGGGUAGAGGCCGGAUCUGAUAUAGGCUGUCAAUAUUGGUUGCCUAGGAUACCUUGUGAAAAUAUGAAGACGAUUUUCGACAAACACUGCUACAAUUCUCGUUUCCUUAAUUUCGUCAGUGUUAGCAUAAGACUGGGGAAUAUCUUGUUUCAGAAAUAAUUUUUAAGUAUGUAUGCUUGAACAGGUGGUUUUUAGUAAUUCGUAUAUGCAGUUCAGUGUUUAAAACACUCCAAGGCACAAGUUACCCAAGAAAAGAGGACCCUCAAAUAUGUGUCUAUACAAAACUAUGUACAAAACUACAUCAGUCAUCGGAAGACAGGCCCCUGCUAGGCUUCUCCAGUCUGGCUAAAUCCUGACCUAAACAGCAUACCGCUGUGUAGGACGUGUACAUACCUUUCCGACAAUUUAAAGUAAAAGAGUAAUAAAUUUUACACUUGCAAAGACUA